AUGACAUACACCAACCGGUUGAACUCCUGGAUCGCAGAAGGUGCCAUGGACCGCAACUGCAUCCUCCAGCGACUAGGCGAGAGGAUAACGGAUUUCACAAAAGACGAGGAAAUCGCUCAGCUCUAUCAGAAAUUUCAAUUAUUCGGCGCAGUUGACAACGGGAAACCGCAUUGUCUCGACCAAACGAUCUUUUUGUCCUUCCUCUGCAGCCAUGGAGCGCUUCCCUCAUCUCUAACAGAAGCAGGAUCCAUCCUGUUCAACAUCUUACAAUAUCUCUCACAAGCUCCCUUUUCUCACCAACAACUGCUGCCAGAAGCCUUGACAGCGGAGGAGUUCCUUCGAGCUCUGACAUGGACUCACUAUGAGAAAGCUUGCCUGGUCAACCGUGAGGGGAAUCGCUGCCGGGGUCGCACGCCAGCUGACCACCGCCGAUUGUUUUUCCAGAGUCUCGCAACAGAUUGUGAUGACAGAAUUCUCCCCCUGGAUGUGAAAGAGUGGCAACAGCAGACAGAGCGCAGAGCAUUUGAGCUCACAGAUUACCGUCAUGAAUUUGCAAGGAUCAACUGUGAUGAGGAUGGGGAUGAAAUGUACCAUGAUGUCCUAGAAGUGAUCUUCUCAACCCAGCCAGUAGUUGAUGAGGCCUUAGCACCAGUUGAACAGGAUGAGUUUCAUUCCAUCGCCAAGAAGCUGCAUGGGAAUGAUGUUUAUCUUCAUGAGCUUACGAUUCCGCCUGCAAGACUUCAUACCUUGGUCAAAUUGCUUCUUGUUGCUCGGUUUGGGCACUGUGGCAUGCUUCCAGAUGAGCAGCUCCCAGAGCUCAGCCGUGUUGCAGAUUCUAUUGUGAAAUUAUUCCAUCGCAUUGCAGGUUCAGGAAUCACUUGGCCAAUGUUUGAUGAUGCCGCCCGAAAAGUACCAUUGCUUUUCGACACACUCUAUACUGUCUCUUUCAACCUUUUGGGGCAACCGGAAACCUUGUCUGACCUUGAACAGGUCAUCCCUGAGCCAGGAAAUAUUCUUACGCUCCCCAAGCUAACUCAGCUGGCUUCUGUGCUUGAAUGCGAUUUCUCCUGGGAUGACUUCUGCCCUCUUUACCAAUACAACUCUGAUGACAACAGCAAUACAGCCUCAAGCCUUGCUGAGACCAUUGAUACCUCAGGAGAAUAUCCAAUUCUUCUUCUUGUAUCUGGCAAGAUCUCACACGAAAACACAACUGAAGAUGCCGUCUUUGGGGCUUUAAUUGCCAAUAUUACCCACGACGGCACUGACAUUCAGCCAAAGCCCCAGGUAGACCAAGAUAGUACCCUGCUAUUCCAACUAAGCCCUGUUCAUGACGUCUUCCGGGGCAAUGUUGGGCGGGCCGGUUGGUCAGUGGUCAAGGAAGAACUUUGCUUUGGGGAGAGAGAUUGCGGCGUUGCGUUGGUGUUUGCGAAGGGCCUGAAGGGGGCGACAGUGGUGCACAGUUUAGAUGGGAAUGAUAAGGCUGUUUACGAAUCAAGUGAAUGGAGGGGCACUUGGAGCACGCAGGUCGAAGUCAAGGCCAUUGAGAUUUGGAGUUAUUCAUAAGGAAGCGGUCAGAUACCAAGAAAUACAGGACC